UGAAAAUCUGUCGGUCGUCUCUGAGUCGCAUUUUGUCUGCUGCGCGCAAGCAGUGAAGUUGUCCGGUAAUUAAUUGUUCGCUCACACGCCUUCUAGAAUUCGCGUCAGCGUACAUAGCUCCAAAUAGAGAACGGAGUUCUUUGGGAGUUGGCAAGAAACGAAGUUUCUGAAGUUUGUAUAAACAUUGUGAAGGGUGAAAAUAUUUAGUCGGAGGAGUGAGUGAAAAGAGAGAAAAUAAAGAAACACAACUAGUGCUAUUUUGUGAAGUUGAAAAGGAGUUGUAAUUGCCUUUGUGGUGAUUCAAGUGGAAUAGAAUAGCUAAUAGAAGUGACUGGUGUGUGCACCUAUUUUCCAAGUUAUUCUCAAAGUUUAAGUGGAAACCAUAUCAAGUGAAAAUAAAACGAAGGAAUAAUAACGCGUUGAAGAGCAGUUGAAAAAUGGCUGUUCAAGUGGAUAGAUUGCUGUUAUCAGAAAUUGGACGUUCUAUAUCGUUGGACACAGCCACACGCCUAAGGGAAGCCGCCAUGAGCAAGCUAAUUCGCCAGGUAUCGAUCGAAUCCCCGGCCGCCAAGAUCAAAGACAGCGUGUUCAAUCUGGUGGUUCCGGUGCCGGACACGCCACCCAAUGGGGCCCGUAUUCUCGUGGUGUACGCUGGAGCAUGCUAUCGCAAAAAUCAGUCCACAUCGAUCUCGUCGAUCAGCAGUCAGCUGUCGGACACGGGUGAUAUUACCACAUCGCUGCAUAUGCUGGCGAAGCAGAUGCAGGGCGGUAUUUGUUCCAGUAUUAGUGAGGAGGGACCGGAUAGCGCCCCCAUGCAGGCCCAUCAGACCUCGAUCGCCAUUCAGCACAACCCGUCGGCCCACCAGGGAGUCCGGGAUGGUGCGCUUUUUCCAGGCUUCGAAGUCGCCGGCGUCAUCGAGUCGUUGGGCAGUGAACUGAAAGAAAACUGUGGUUUCAAGGUGGGCCAGCGUGUGGUUCUCUAUCCGUACGAGGGUGUCCCAGCCGGCUAUUCCGAGCUGAUGGUGGUCCCCGACCUUGAGUAUUUGAUUCCUAUACCCGACUCGCUUCCACUCGCGGUGGCCGCAACGCUACCCACCGGUGCAUUGCUGGCUCAGAGUGCCAUCAUUACGGCACACGCAAUCGUCGACGAUCUGCUCAAGAAACGACCAAACGAAAAGGUGAAAAUACUUAUUGUCGGCACUGGUGGGUUGGCCCUGUGGGCCAUCCGAAUUGCGGCGCAACACUUCUACACACCGGCCACCAAGGAUAAGAUUCAGAUUACGGUGGCUAGCCUGCGGGAUGAGGGAUUCGUGCUGGCGAGGAAAUGUGAAAGAGUCAACCUGGUACAGUGGAACGAAGACCUGUACGAGAAGCAGCUGAUCGAGCGCACCCAUGACGCCUGCGAUGGUCUCGUCGAUAUCGUAAUUGAUUUUGGCACAACUUCGCGCAGCUUGCACCGAUCGAUGCAAUGUCUCACUAAAGGGGGUCACGUAUUUAUCAGCGACGAAAUCGCCGAAAAGCUGCUGGCCAGAUUCUCCAAACGGGCGGAGGAUCGUGGUGUUUUCAUCGAAGUCGUUCCCACGGGCACAAUUGAACAGCUGCACCAACUAGUGAAGCUGGUAGCGACCGGUCAGAUUGAACCCCCACCAUAUUCAGUAUUCCCCUCGGAUCAGGCCGCCGAAGUGGUGCACAAGCUAGCUAGCUCGGAAAUUCCUGGACGUGCCAUAUUGAGAUUCCACGACAUCGAGUAAACAAAAGAAAAACAUCAGUAAGCGAGAACUAACCAACUUUCUUCUUCUCAUAGUCCUCUCAAACAAUAGAGAACACUUACCAUAAGUAAGUUAAACAAUUAGCGGGGAAAUUAUUGAUGAUGAAAGAGUGAAUUUAUUAGGUGUGCAAAAGCAUUGAAGCACUCGUCGUAUUUAGGCGCUUAUUCAUUUCCUCGUUUGAACUGUUUUUCCUGAUGCAGAAACUAAAUUAGGAAGAGCUAAAAAUCCUUACACAAAACUAGAAAAAAAAAAACAAUUCAAAAUUACAUUAAAAUUCAUGAAUGUAUGAUUUGCGUAAACGUAACGAUAAGCAAACAACUAAAUAGCAAUUACCUAAUCGAAAACAAUUGGAGUUUCAAAUCUUAUGAUUGAUUGAAAUCGAUUUUGUAUAGGAGGCAAGCGGCUUCUAAUUCACUUAUUUAUACGCGUUGGUAGCAUACACAAAAAUAUUACGCUGCAACAGAAAUCUACAGUGAAUUUAUUUCGAACCCUUACCCUUAGUAAGCAGCACACAAACACAAACCGGUGAUCAAACUUCAGGAGAUGUCCGGCAGACAGGCAAGACACAAACAUAUACAAAAUCAAUAACUAGGAUCAAAGAUUUUCGACUUAGGAUGAUGGAUCAGCGCACUAGUUUUAGACAUGACAACUCUAACCUAUUUUUGAGUAGUGAAAAAAGUAAAAACUUUUCUGAAUUUUAUUGAAGGAAUGUUCUCUAAACUCGAGGAUUUGAUGUACAAAACACAAAAAUAUGGUUUAACAUUACUCUACUGCUACUACUACUACACAAGAUGGGAGUUUGGUUCAUCAGGGAUAAAACUUAAUGAAGUGUGCGAAACGCCUAUCUGAACGUAGGGAAAGCCGUAUCGUCAGUCCGCUCCUCACCGUGUAUAAUUUAUCGUAGAGAGAAAAGCAGCGAUCGUUUGUUCGUUCAAAUACAAUAAUUGUAAUUCAGUUGUGAUAAGGUUUUCCCCCCUUACAGUGGUUUCUGGAAAUCCAAAGGAUUUCGGCUGCCGGUGGGGUGUGAACACGUUUGAUUUAGUCUUUUAGUUUCAGUUCAACCUCGUUUUAAAAAAUACUGUGAACGAUUCGAUUGAUGAGUACGCGAAAGGAGGCGCGUUCAUUGUGAACAGGAGAGGGAAGAAAGAAACAAACGAAAACAAAGGAGUAAGCAGAUGAAUUUGAUGAUGCGAUGUGCUUAGAAUAAUCUUAACUUAAUUAUAGCUUAAACAGACAAAGCAGAAGAUAAACAGAUAACAAUGUGUAUUAUUGAAUGAAAUAAAGAACUGUAUAGGAGUUUCAAAAAAAGGAA